AUGCAGAUCAUGCCCGCCUCCAUGGACAUCCCUGACCCAAAUAUCAGACCAGAGCUCCCUCAGAGUGUCCCCGACAGCCAUAUAAUGGACACCCCAGGCUCUUCCAAGGGCCAAUUACUGCCAGCAGAUAUUUCAAUGGAUAUCUCUGCCUCCGAAGAAUGGCAAGCUUCCGCCCAGGCUCAAUUAGAGGAUAACUUGAUGGCAUAUGCGGAAACACCGGGUUCCAGCCGAACUCGGCCUGCCCGUCGCACCACUCAACCAACGAGUUUUGACGCCGAAUCUGCAGCAAUAACCACCAAACCCAAGACGAAAAGGUCAAAGGCCCCGACUAAGCGAAAACGUCUGAUACGGCAGAUAAAUAUAGUGUGCACAGUCUGCCAUCGAGGAAAUAGCCCUUCAAACAACUUCAUUGUGCUGUGUGAUGGAUGUGACAGACCAUGGCACCAAAAGUGCCAUUCGCCCAAUAUUGCAAACGAAGUCGUUCAAAUAGCGGACAUGGAUUGGUUUUGCAACAAGUGUAACCCAAACCAACCGCGCCAGUCCAAAACCAAGAUGCCACCCACCAAGAAGCCCGGACGCGCAAAGAUCACAAUGCCUCCCCAAACAGUGAACCGAACCUACUCAGAGGAGGAACGCCGUGCGUAUCUUUCAUCACUUUCUCACGAUGCGCUGGUGCAACUCCUGCUCCAAAUCUCAAAGGAGUGGCCCCUCGUCCCAAUCUUUCCUCCCGGCAUGCAAAUGGCCCCCGUGGAUCUCAACAAGAUCACAGAUCAGCCACACAUUCUUCCAGAUGUUGGUCAGACUCAGAGUCCUGCCGCAAAAUCCACUUCCGAGUCUCUGUUCCCCCUUGCAUCGCUAGGGGCGCGUACACCUGCUCGUAUCUCGUAUGCCGAAUCGUCAGGCUCUGAUCCACUCACCGACGGUGAAUCUGACACGCAGUCCCGGCUCCAAUCUCCUGUUCCUUCUCAAGGCGUCUCUCACCAUGGCCAUGACUAUGACUCGGAGGAUUAUCGCACAUACCCUGAAGCUGGCCAGGGCUUCCAUCUCCCCAUGUCUGUGAACGACCUCGACAUCAUGGCCGAGGAUGAGCACUAUCCCACGUUCAGCCAUUCUAUUCGGGGCCCACACAAGAUACCGGAUCAAAUCUUGAACCCAUUUGCUCAACGGCAGCAGUGA